AUGCAUGGUUUUAUACAGUCUAGCAACAAACUUCCCAUUAUGAAGUACUAUGAUGAAGUUAAGAUUCAGGCAGUUGCAGUGGAAGACGACAACGGUCCUUUGACUGGAUCCGUAUGGAGGUCGAGUGUAUGGGAAACUGUUGGAACAAUCAAGUGGUAUGGAUUUGGCUUAAUACUCAUUUAUGUUGUGACUCUUGCGAUAUUUCCUGGCUACAUUACUGAAGAUGUCCACUCUGAACUUCUCAAGGAUUGGUAUCCGAUUCUCCUUAUCACUUGCUUUAAUGUGUUUGACCUUGUUGGCAAAAGCUUUACUGCAGUAUACCUUCUAGAGAAUGCAAAAAUGGCUAUAGGAUGUUGCGUAGCACGACUGUUGUUUUUCCCACUCUUUUUAGGGUGCUUGCAUGGUCCGAAAUUCUUCCGGACAGAGAUUCCUGUCACAAUAUUGACUUGUGUUUUAGGGCUUACAAAUGGAUAUCUUACGAGCGUGUUGAUGAUUUUAGCUCCUAAAACUGUGAAGUUACAGGAUGCAGAGACUGCAGGGAUUGUGAGUGUGUUAUUCUUAGUUGUUGGUCUUGCUUCCGGGUCUAUUAUAGCUUGGUUUUGGGUCAUUUGA